GGAAGGCAAUCGUUUGCACUUUACAAUGUGCGUGUAAGUAGAUCAGUCAAUGGCAAAAAAGUGAGUGGAUGGAAUGUGUUACGGCGAUACAGCGACUUCCACACUCUCCAUGCUUUCAUUAUACAAAAGUAUCCAAAGCUUGCCAAUUUGUCUUUUCCGGGGAAAAAGACCUUCAAUAACUUGGAUGCACAUUUCUUGGAGAAAAGGACGAAGGCUCUUAAUCUGUUUUUGGAAUGUGUCCUUCAACCUUCCAUGUUUGAUAGUUUUCCGAGUUUACCUUUUCUCAAUGUUCCGUUUGAUUGGACUAAUGUGAUGUCUGCAAUGUUUGAUCCUAUAAAACUGGGCGUCAAAGCCGUCGGGAGUACUGUUUUAUCUGUACCCGACCAAGUUUACGGCGGCGUAUUCAAAGUCGGUGCCGGUAUCAAUAAUGCAGCUAAAGUUAUAAUUCAUCCAUUGAAUGGAGGCCCGAAAGCGCCAGUAAUCGAUACUGAUCGUGUUGCUGCUGCAAUCACAGAUGAUGUUGGUUAUGUCUUCAGAGAGUCUACGGCUGAUAACAUACCCCUUCGUGUAUUAAUACUGUUUGUCGAUGAAGUUUUUGGCGUGCGUGCACGAAAUGCGUGGUUUAGGCGGCAAUUGGUGACGGUCCUUCGUCAGUUUGUAACUCCUUUUGGUACUUCCAUCAAUAAACGUAUAGUAGAUCUCGUACAUUGGUUGACCAGUGAACAGCAAGUUACAAUGUACUUAACUGCCAUAAGAGAUUCUGUAUGGCCAGAUGGUCAACUCGUUGGAGAUACCUUUCCCCGAUCACCCGAAGUGAAGGCGCGCGCAAGGAUCUUGGCAAAAUCUCUAAUGCUGUCUUCCCUUCCAGAUGAGCUUCGUCUCGUACUCGGUGCUGAUACCACCUAUACUGGUAUCAACACUAUAUCAAGCGCGUUGCAGAUUAAGCAACUUAAUCGUCGGUUACUGUAUGUUUUACUAGAGCGGUUAUUGCUUACGAUUUUCCCUAACAAUAGGUUAGAUAAGAUUUUCGCGCGAUUACAUUCCAAAAGUCCUAGAUCGAAAAGAGCCUGA